UGUGCCAGAUCGAGAACAUCCGUCGAUAAACUAUAAACAGUCGCAACACGUUGUCACCCAUUCUCCGUGCUGCCUCGCCAUUGUCUCCUGUUUUCUCAUCCACAACACCAAUAUUAUUUCUGCACACAAUGGACACCAUUCAGCGCCGUGUCACAGCAGCACACAGUGGAGAAUACGCUCCGCGACCCAUCUGGCCGUGGCUGCGCGUCAUUGCACAGGCGCAACAAGUCCCUCGCGAAGCGCACCUUUCUCCCGCGAUUAAGGCCCCUGGCACGCCUCGCGAUGGGGAGCAGGCUGGCGCGACCAGCGCUGGACCGACUCCGGUGCAUUUCUCCUCCGGGGAAGCGAGAAAGCAGCCGGAGAAGGGUGUGGAGACAGAUAAAGUUGCGGUGGUGAAGCGCAAGGAGAAAUGGUAUCACGGCGGACUGGCUUCGGCCAUGGCGGCCUGUUUCACGCAUCCAUUCGAUCUCGUUAAGGUUCAGCUGCAAACAGCCAGCCAUUCUGCCACGGGCACGGCAGUACCGGAAGUCAAAAUGUCCAUCAUUUCUUUGACAAAAAAUAUCGUGCAAAAUCAGGGAUUCUUAGCGCUCUACAAUGGCAUAAGCGCAUCGUUGUUGCGACAGUUAACAUACUCAACGGCGCGGUUCGGCAUCUACCAAGCCCUGAAACCCAGAGAUCCCACGGAACACGUAUCCUUCCUGGCCAAAUGCCUGUACGCCGGGACAGCCGGGGGAGUGGGCGGCUUUGUAGGUGCCCCGGCCGAUUUGAUCAAUGUUCGUAUGCAGAACGACAGCAAGGUGCUGGUGGAGCAGCGAAGAAAUUAUAAGCACGCCGUGGAUGGGUUGGUGCGGGUGUCGCGGGAAGAGGGCGUGACGCGGCUGUGGCGGGGAUCGUCCAUGGUGGUGGUGCGGGCGGUGUUCAUGACCAUCGGACAGUUGUCUUUUUAUGAUCAAUUCAAGCAAAUGUUGCUGGUGACGGGAUGGUUUAGCGAUACGGUUCCAACGCAUUUAUUGGCCAGUUCUAUGGCGGGCGCCGCUGCAACAACUAUUACACUUCCCGUAGAUGUUCUCAAGACUCGCAUGCAGAACGCUGCGGCCGGACAGUAUCGAAAUCUGCUACACUGCGUGCAGGAGACAGCCAAAGCCGGCCCACUGGGCUUCUUCAAAGGCUACAUUCCGGCCUUCGUGCGGAUAGGACCGCAGACGGUGCUGACGUUCGUCUUCCUCGAACAGUUACGACAGCGCUUUGGCAUAACGGUGGUUUAGAUGCUCAUUUUAAAAGACAAAAAUUAGACUGUUGUGAUCACCAUUCCGGAAGUCAUCGUGCGAACAUUUUCGCUCACGGUGUUUUACUGCAGAGCAGAUUUGCAAUCAAAAAUUGUUAAAUAUUUUUGAAGUCUUCUGCAAAGGAUUGAUAUUUUUGUGGGUUUAUACAUGAUCGGUGCAGUGGUUUCUCCUCGGUGUUUGCGCAAAUGUCGGUGCCUUGUUAUUUGCAUUUCUUUGUGGAGUUAUCUUUCUGCAAGCUUUUUAUCAAAAUUAUGAUGUUGCUCAUCUCUCUUGUGCGGUGCUUCCUAGUAUUUAGUGUUGUUGUUAUCUAUUGAGGUAUUGAGCUUGUUUUAUGAUGAAGACCUCAUUAGUGCAAAAAAAUUACGCGCAAAUAAAUGAGAUUUUCCGUG